UGAGGCGCCGAGUAGCUCAAACCUACUGUCAUGCUUUAAGAGGAACACACACUCUAGCCGGACUAAACUGAGGCCAGCCCCACCUCAGGAGGAGGCUGUGCUCUCUCUCUCUCUCUCUCUCUCUGGGUGUCUAGUCAGAGAUCAGACCGCAUUCGAUCCAUCUGAUUAUCAACAGCACGUCUGAAACUCAGUCUCAGCGACAGUUAGACAGCUACACGAGUCAUGGAGAUCAGACUGCCCUCCAGCUAGCUAACUGCUAUACGAUCGGCGCCCGAAAACAUGCGCUAGACAGCUGCCAGCUCACUAGGUUUCGUGACUCAACCAUGGAGAGUUGCAGCCUAACCUGAGCAUCGCUUUGGCGAGGACUUGGCUUUUGCAGCUUUCCGCUUUAUUUCUAUUCAUUGGAGUUGUGUAAGAAUACGGUUUCCUGUUUUCGCUGGAGUGACAGUGCUGUCACAUCUGGCCAUCAGCAGCUGAAAAUGCAGACCUUCCUGAGAGGCAGAAGAGUGGGCUACUGGCUCAGCGAGAAGAAGAUGAAGAAACUCAAUUUCUUGGCCUUCGCUGAGAUGUGCAGGAAAAGAGGGAUAGAAGUUGUUCAGCUUGAUCUGAGUCAGCCAUUAGAGGAGCAGGGUCCUCUCGAUGUCAUCAUUCACAAGCUCACAGACCUGAUCCUGGAAGCAGACCAGAAUGACUCCCAGUCCCAGCAGCUGGUCCAGCGUGUGCAGAAUUAUAUUGACGCACACCCAGAGACUAUCAUUCUGGACCCACUUCCAGCCAUCAGAACUCUGCUAGACCGCUGCAAGUCUUACCAGCUGGUCCAUCGGAUAGAGGACUGCAUGAGAGAUGAGAGAAUCUGUUCUCCUCCGUUUAUGGUGCUGAACAGUUUAUGUGGUACCGACACACUGCAGCAGAUCCAGCAACACGGCCUUACAUUCCCUUUCAUUUGCAAAACACGGGUUGCUCACGGAACUAACUCCCAUGAGAUGGCUAUAAUCUUCAGUGCUGAGGACCUAAAGGACGUGAAGCCUCCAUGUGUCAUUCAGAGUUUUAUAAACCACAAUGCCGUGCUAUAUAAAGUGUUUGUGGUGGGGGAGUCAUACACUGUGGUGGAGAGACCAUCUCUCAAGAACUUCCCAUCUGGACCAUCCGACAGAAAAGCGAUUUUCUUCAACAGCCACAAUGUUUCCAAGCCUGAGUCGUCGUCCGACCUCACAUCUAGAGAUAAUGUAGAAGGUGUCUCCCAGCCACCCAAUGAUGUUGUCAUCAGGGAGCUGUGUAAAUCCCUGAGGGAAUCUCUAGGGGUUUCGCUCUUUGGCAUCGAUGUCAUCAUAAACAACCAGACGGGCCAACACGCAGUCAUUGACAUCAAUGCAUUCCCUGGAUAUGAGGGCGUUCCUGAGUUCUUCAAUGACCUUCUCAACCACAUCAUCAGCGUCCUCCAAGACCACUCCUCCAAUGACUCCCCGGCUCCGCCCCCCGCCGGCCAACUCACAGCUUUAGGUGCAGGAGAGCGUAGCUGCACCCCCUCACAGGAGUGCUGUAGCAUGCUGGGAAAGGAACCAGACAGCAACCCCUGGAUCGUGGAGGGAGACGGUGGUCUGAAGGGGACGCGUCAGAGACUGAGUUGCAACACGGCCAUGUCACCCAACUUCCAACAGCACUGCGUGUCCACGAUAGCCACUAAGGCCACGUCACAAUGACUCCCCCCAUGCCAAAAUUGUGAAAACAAAGUGAAUAAUUUCAAUAACAAUAAUAACUGUUAUACUAAUAAUAUAUCAGAAAUAAACUAGACUGGGAAUAAUCAUAAUAAUGUUGAUAGUGGGCAUUGGAUUAUUUCUCCUAUGCCUUUGUAAAUGUAUUUUUGUUCUUUCUCCUUAGUCUUAUUACUCACAGUACUUUAAUGUGAACUUUUGGGAACUCAAUAUUGAUUUUCAGUUUUAUCCUGAUUCACAAUGCAGAAUUAGUGGAUGUUAGUUAGUGAACACACUAGACAGGUUGGGCAUUUUUAGCUGGAAGAAAUUUCUCUUUUGAAGUACUCUUAUGUUGUGAUGGAACAACUUCAUGAAAUUGUUAAGCCAAAAAUGAAAAUUCGCUGAUCAUUUCAGCUACUCGUCCUUAUGUUGUUCCAAACCUGUAUGACUUUUUUUCCUCAGAAGAAGAAAUUUGUAAUAAAGUACUGAUAGAUCUUUCACGUUCGAUUACAAUGAAUUGGAACUGAAACUUUCAAGCUUCAAAAAGGAUGCAAAAGCACCAUGAAAGUAUCUUAAAAGUAGGCCAUAUCAUUCGAUAUGCUGUAUUUCAAGUGUUCUGAAACCAUACAAAACCUUUGUGUACGAACAAGCUAAAAUUCAACAAGGAACAAGCAUCUUCUCCACCACUGAGCUGUUAACCCCUGUGACCAGAUCAGCCCCAUUCUUGAAUUAAUCUUUCAGGCCAGAUUUGUGAACAAAUCCAGCUCAGAAGAACGAUUAUUUUAGGAAUUGGACAAUGCUACUUUUCUCAGGAACUCCAAUGAACAUGCCAAAGAAGACCUAAGGUGCAUAUCAAGAUUAUCAGUGAAUAAUGACUUACAUUUUGGUCUGUUCGUCACAUAAAGCUAUCAUAUGGCUUCAGAAGGUUUAUACUACUUUCAUGAUGAUUUUGCAUCCUAUUUAAAGCUUGAAGUUCAAGUUCCCAUUCAUUGUAAUUUGUGUACGUUUUUGGCUGAACCAAUUUUUUAAUCAAAAUCUGUCUUUAAUUGACCUUGAACACACACAAACACACCCAAUAAUCCCACCAUCAGAACACCUAUAAUGUGCUUUGUAUGUAGUAGAUAUCCUAUACUGAGAUGAUCCACGGUAUACUGGAUAUCUUUGUGCAGUGUCAACAAAUCUGCUCUUAACCAAGAGUCAAAUGAAUGGCAGAGCUUGCGGUUCUCAUAGACUGAGUGCCACUGCGUUUGAUCUUGUGACACUCUGUAAUUUUUUCAUAAUGCUUCAGAAGACUUUCAUCAUAUUGCCAUAUAUGUGACACUUGACAUUUUGCAUGUGCUUUUUAGUGCAUCAAAACAUGAAAUGUGAUUGGAACUAUUCAGUCAGUCAUUUUGUAAGCCAACCCAGAAGUUUAGCCAUUGGUUUUCUCUGAAAUUUCAAAUGGGUUUUUCGAAAAGUUUUUUUUCGAUUUAUGCAUAAAGUCUGGGGAUAAUGUCGUUUGAAGAGACCUUUGUUUUGGUUAUAACUUUCAUACCUUUAAGCAAGUUUUUAUUUAUUUUUUUUUUUUUUUUAUGCUUUAUGAGCAUCAGCUACAUUAGGACUACAACGUUUGUCUGACUUUUGUCAACCACAUAAACUUGUUAGUAAAAUGUUAGUAACAACCAUUAGAAAUUAUUAAAGGAACCCAUGGUUCUAAAAAUGAAUUCCAGUCAAGGGCCAUUUUUGUUUUGUUAGUAUUAUAAAAGUCAACUUACCAAUAGAGGCUAAUAUUCUGUUAUUCGUCAGUGUCGAGUUUUGUUGGACAGUUGCAAGAGGAUAUUAUGACAUUCCUUGUGUGUGUGCAUACUGUACGUGUGUGUGUGUAAUGCUUUUUUAGCAUAUGAUCCUUUAAAAGUUCUUAUGUUUUGUAUGUGAUCCAGCAAGUCAUUUCUGUGACUAUUCAGACGCUUCAGAUUAGUACACACCCUUGAAAUGUAUGAACAAACUGUGUAAGAUUGAUGUUAAUGUAUAUGUCUGGAGUAUUGCUUUGUUUCUAAUUGCACAGAAGGACACAUCUAUUCCCCAAAGGGUUAAACGCUUUGCUAGGUAACCAUUUCUGAAUUAAAAGGAAAAUUUGCAUAGA